CCUGUCUGCACCCACUCUUCCUGGGGGCAGGUUUCCCAGACCUGCUCCCCUUGACUGCAGACAGAGGAUGAGCAAAGAGCCCAGAGCUCUGGUCCUGCCAGCUGAGACCACUUACUGUCCUGCGUGUCCUAGUUGUCCCAGCGAUGGUAAAACAGAGGCACAGGGAGCUGGCGCCGUGGACAGAGCUCCACCGUCCCCUGCUGGGGAGGGCACCUGGCCAGGCAGGUGCUUGAGAGCUGGCGCCACGCCUCCCGAGGAAAGAGCAGAGCAGGGAGAGAUGGGAGCCUCCCAAAUCAUAGCGACAGCUCCAGCAUCCUGGGACCGGCUGGCACUGAAUCCCUGUGCGGCUGGGGUGGAGCAGAGAACUCACCUGCCCUUCAGUCUCCCAGGACGUGGCCCAAGGAGCAAGGCCCGCUGGAAUGGAGCACCUUCCCACAGAAUCUUGGGCUUCUUCUCUGGAAUCUCCCAGUCUCCACCUCUGGGCACAUGCCUAGGCGUGCUGCUGGGUCUUGCAGCAAGUGUAAGAAACUGCCCAACUGUUUUCCAAAGUGGCCACACCAUUUUACGUUCUCACCCGCAAUGUGCAAGAGUUCCAGAUGCUCCACACGCUUGUCAACAGUUGGCAUGCUGCCAUGCUGUGAGGAAGCCCAAGUCAGACAUGUGGAGAGGACAAGUAGAGGAGAACCAAAGUCCCUGGGAUGACGGCCCAAGCUGGCAGCCCGCUGAGCCCCAGCUGCCAGCCAACAGGAACCACAGCCACAUGGGGAAGCCGCCUUGGGGUUUCACCCCAGCUGAGCCUCCAGCCAACUGCAGCUGUAUAAUUGAUGUCAGCUGACACAACACAGAGCACAAGAACUGUCCAGUCAAU